ACCCUUUCAAUGCAUCAAAUUGAUUCGGACUCGUGUUAUUGACACUUCUUGAGGUCUGUCGUAGGGUUUUGCACGAUAAUGUUGGCAUGGAUUUGGUCUAUUUUUUUCUUCUGACAGAUAUACGUACGUGAGCUUCUGUGGCAGGAAACUUCACAUCAUAAAGAAGAGUAAGUGACUAAAGUGAACAUGGAUAUAAGAACCGAAAUGAACAUAUCUGAAGACGAAACCCUGAACUCCUUAAUUCAGUCCACAAACUGUUGUACACCAGCCACUAUUCAAGUUGAGGGUGUCUUAGAUGGUCUGGAAGACAGUACAAAACUGGUGGGUGUUCAGGUGAUAUUGAUUUUGGCAUACAGCACCAUCAUCGUCUUUGGUGUGACCGGGAACUCUUUGGUCAUAUAUGUUGUGUACAAGUUUCGAAAUUUACACACAGUUACUAACUAUUUCAUUGUCAACUUGGCUGUAGCAGACUUGUUGGUCAACACAUUGUGUCUACCUUUUACUUUGAUGUACACUCUCUAUGGAGAAUGGAAAUUCGGACAGGUGAUGUGCUACCUGCUGCCAUAUGCACAAGGCUUAGCGGUCCACGUUUCGACCAUCACGCUCAACGUUAUAGCGCUGGACAGGUACCGUAGCAUUGUCUACCACAUGGAAACCAAGAUGUCCAAAGACAUGUGUAUAGUCGUGAUUGUGAUCAUAUGGGUGGCAAGCGCGAUCCUUGCCAGUCCUCUAGCUAUCUUCCGUGAAUAUGUGACCUUUGACCUAUCACCUGAGCAGACAAUUCAGGGUUGCGCAGAGAAGUGGCCUGGAAGUAGCACAGAUGGGACAAUCUACAGCAUCGCCAUGUUUUUCCUGCAGUACGGGCUGCCACUGUCUAUCAUUUCUUUUGCGUACACUCGAAUCUGGCACAAGCUUAGAAAUCACGUCAGCCCCGGCGGUGGCCGUAGCGACCGUCAUCAACGGCGGCAGAAGACGACGAAAAUGCUUGUGGCUGUAGUGGUAGUCUUCACCGUUAGCUGGCUGCCCUUUCACGCCUUCCAGCUGGCUGUGGAUAUUGAUAGCAGUGUACUGGAAAUGAAAGACUUCAAAUUGCUCUAUACAGCUUUCCAUAUUGUAGCCAUGUGCUCCACCUUUGCCAAUCCCAUCCUUUAUGGCUGGAUGAACAGGAACUAUAGAAGAUCUUUUGUGGCCGUGUUCAAGUGUGGAAGGUUAAAUAACGGAAUGAGAAAAGUUUGUAGCAGUGAGGCAGUAAGUGAGAAAUGUACACGCAAUAAGCAAAACGCAAUCAGUGUUGUCUUUAAAGAAGAAAACACUCUGCUGUGAUGGCCAUUUGCUUUUGAGAUUUCAAAACACAAAAUGUGAACAUAAUAAGGACAAAUAUUCAAAAAGUCUACUGUAAAGAAGGACUGUAAGUAAAUCUAAGACUGAACACUCUACAAAUUGCCUAAUAUUUUAUAUAUGAGACAAUUGUGGUGAAUUUGUGACUAAACACUCAGUUUGUAUUUUGUUGUUAAAAUGUAUUAUGUAUUUUGUUAUAUUUGGAAUUAGCAUUUGAUCUGUAAAAAAAGUCAGUGAGACGGGGAUCUCGUGUUAAGAAUAUUGUAGUUUUUCUGUUUGUUUCCUGUGAAAAUAAACGUGAUUUUAC